UCUGUGUGGGGCACCGAGCAGGGUUACUUGACCUGGAAUCCAAGCUCUCUGCACUCCUAGGGUCACUAUCAUGGCCCUUGUGCCAGGGAGUAGCAAGGAUGGACCUCGGUCUGGAGAUAGCCAAGACUCUUCAUGGCAUCCAGAAAGUCCCCGGUUGACGAAUCCUCUCUCAAAGAAUAGAGAAGAGAUCGGCAGAUGUGAAGGUCACCAGGAUGCUCAGGUGUCCCAGAAGCCCCGCCUGCCCUCUAUUGUGGUAGAGGCCUCAGAGGGAAAUGAGGAAGACCAGGACAACCAGUGGCCACAUGAGGAGUUGCUGCUGCUCACUGAUGGUGAAGAAGAGGAAGCAGAAGCUUUCUUCCAGGACCAAAGUGAAGAGCCAGGUUGGGCUUGGAUACCACAGGACCCCACAUCUCCUUUAAGAACAUUUAACCCUGGACUUGGCUGGGGGCAUGAACAAGAAGAGGAUGCCUCCUGGAUUCCUGAGGAUACAGAGGGUCAAGAAACUCCCAACGCCUGUCCUCUUUGGGACCCAACAGGGUCCUGCAUCUACAGAAGUAGAUUUGUGGAAUAUUCCCAUUUCCCACCUCCCAGUACCUUUGAGGGAGCUGAAGAAGAAGUUGUUCAAGCGCCGGAGGGUGCUGAGCAGGGAUCGGCGACGGAAGCGCCAGGUGGUCGGGGCCGUUAUAGACGAAGGGCUGACCACGAGGCACCAUCUCAAGAAGCGGGCGUCCAGUGCUCGUGCCAACAUCACACUAUCCGGGAAGAAGCGCAGGAAACUCUUGCAGCAAAUUCGCUUUGCCCAGAAAGAAAAAGCAGCCAUGGAAGUGGAAGCCCCUUCCAAGUCAACCAGGACGAGUGAGCCGCAGCCCAAACGACAAAAGAAGAUAAAAGCUCCCCAGGAUGUAGACAUGGAGGAUCUUGGAGAGGA